AGCCGAUCGACGUCAGGGCCUAACUAAAAAUGGUAGGCUCUCUCGAAGUAUCUAAGCCUCCAGAGCAGAAGUUUGAGUCUAAGAUCGUCAUAGCCGAUGAUGAAGAAGAGGAGGAAAACGACAGUCCAAUUGAAGAGGUACGGUUAACCGUACCGAUAACCGACGAUCCAUCUCUACCGGUUUUGACGUUCCGAACAUGGUUCUUAGGAAUGGCGUCUUGCGUGGUACUCGCGUUCGUGAACAAUUUCUUCGGUUACCGGUCGAAUCAGCUCAUGGUAUCUUCAGUCGUGGCUCAGAUCGUCACUCUCCCUCUAGGAAAGCUCAUGGCCACCACUCUACCAACAACAAAACUCCGGUUACCUGGUACAAAUUGGUCGUGUUCAUUGAACCCUGGACCAUUUAACAUCAAGGAACAUGUACUAAUCACUAUAUUCGCUAAUACCGGAGCCGGAGGAGCUUAUGCGACCAGCAUCAUAACCAUCGUUAAAGCAUUUUAUCACCGGAAUCUCAAUCCCGCCGCCGCCAUGUUGCUUUUGCAAACCACUCAGUUGUUGGGAUAUGGAUGGGCGGGUAUGUUCAGGAAAUUCCUAGUGGACUCACCUUACAUGUGGUGGCCUGCAAAUCUUGUUCAAGUCUCUCUCUUUAGAGCCUUACAUGAGAAGGAAGAGAAGCGUGAAGGCAAACAAACGAGGCUUAGAUUCUUCUUAAUAGUUUUCUUCCUGAGCUUCACUUAUUACAUAGUCCCUGGCUAUCUUUUCCCUUCCAUCUCAUCCCUCUCCUUUGUCUGCUGGAUAUGGACCCGCUCUGUGAGUGCUCAACAGAUUGGUUCAGGGUUGCACGGUCUCGGCAUUGGCUCAUUUGGUCUCGAUUGGUCCACGGUUGCAGGUUUCUUAGGCAGUCCUUUAGCUGUACCGUUCUUCGCUAUAGCCAAUUCCUUUGGCGGAUUUGUCAUCUUCUUCUACAUCAUCCUUCCUAUCUUCUACUGGAGCAACGCUUACGAGGCAAAGAAGUUUCCUUUCUAUACCUCUUACACAUAUGAUCACACUGGUCAGCGUUACAACACCACUCGUAUCCUCAACCAGAAAACAUUCGAUAUUGAUCUCCCCGCUUACGAAAGCUAUAGCAAGCUUUACCUUAGCAUUCUGUUUGCUCUGCUCUAUGGACUCAGCUUCGGUACCCUUACCGCAACCAUUUCUCAUGUCGCCCUCUUUGACGGAAAGUUUAUUUGGGAGCUGUGGAAGAAGGCAACAUUGGCGACAAAGGACAAGUUUGGAGAUGUGCAUACAAGACUGAUGAAGAAGAACUAUAAGGAAGUACCUCAAUGGUGGUUCGUAGCGGUUCUCGCUGUUUCCUUUGUGCUAGCUCUUUACGCAUGUGAGGGAUUUGGCAAACAGCUUCAGCUUCCGUGGUGGGGACUUCUACUCGCUUGCGCCAUCGCCUUUACCUUCACUUUGCCUAUCGGAGUUAUCCUAGCAACCACAAACCAGAAAAUGGGUCUUAAUGUUAUAUCGGAACUGAUCAUAGGGUUCUUGUAUCCGGGAAAGCCACUUGCCAAUGUGACUUUUAAGACUUAUGGUACUGUGAGUAUGUCUCAAGCCUUGAACUUUGUCGGAGACUUCAAACUUGGCCACUACAUGAAGAUUCCUCCGAGAUCUAUGUUCCUCGUUCAACUCGUUGCGACUAUUGUUGCUUCAACUGUCUCCUUCGGGACCACAUGGUGGCUGCUUUCUUCAGUCGAGAACAUCUGUAACACAGAUAAGCUCCCAAAGAGUAGUCCGUGGACUUGCCCAGGAGAUGAAGUAUUCUACAAUGCGUCGAUCAUCUGGGGAAUCAUUGGUCCUGGGAGGAUGUUCACAAGUAAAGGUGUUUACCCCGGGAUGAACUGGUUCUUCCUCAUUGGCUUCCUUGCUCCUGUCCCGGUCUGGUUCUUUGCAAGGAAAUUCCCGGAGAAGAAGUGGAUACAUCAGAUUCAUAUUCCCUUGAUCUUCUCAGGGGCUAAUGCGAUGCCAAUGGCCAAGGCUGUGAAUUACUGGUCGUGGUUCGUUGUCGGGAUCGUGUUCAACUACUAUAUCUUCAGGAGGUACAAGGGGUGGUGGGCAAGGCAUAACUACAUCCUCUCUGCAGCUCUCGAUGCAGGCACUGCGAUCAUGGGAGUUUUGAUCUACUUUGCGUUACAGAACAAUAACAUAAGCUUACCAAAUUGGUGGGGGAAUGAGAACACAGACCAUUGCCCUUUGGCAAAUUGCCCGACAGAUAAAGGGAUCGUCGCUAAGGGCUGCCCCGUGUUCUAAAACCUUGUUGCAGUUCAACAUUUUCUCUGGAGUUUCUCAGACCUGCAGGUGAAGGACUGUUACUGCCAAGUGGUUUGGUGGUCAAUAAUAAUAUUGUGUAAAGACUUUGUGAGAGUUAAAGUGACAAUGUAAUAAAUGAUUUAGAAUAUA